AUAAUGAAUGGAUCCAGUGUGGCCACUACAUCACCCAAUGUAAAAGCUAAAGAGGACCAGGGUAUAAAUGGGCAUGAUGAAAAAGAAAACCCAUUUGCAGAGUACAUGUGGAUGGAGAAUGAAGAGGAUUUCAACAGACAGGUUGAGGAGGAACUGCAGGAGCAAGACUUCUUGGACCGUUGCUUCCAGGAGAUGUUGGAUGAGGAAGAUCAGGACUGGUUUAUUCCAUCUCGAGACCUGCCUCAGGCCAUGGGACAGUUGCAACAACAAUUAAAUGGUCUUUCCGUCAGUGACAGUAAUGAUUCUGAGGAUAUUUUGAGCAAAAGUAACCUGAACCCAGAUGCCAAGGAGUUUAUUCCAGGAGUGAAAUACUGA